UGGCACUUUUUAUGAUUUCAUUGUUCGGAUGUGAACGUAUUACUCCAUUGUUCUGAAACUUUUCUAAAUACUGUAUUACCUGCUAAUAGAUUUGUAUCUUUUUGUAGUGGGAAGGUGGACGGCUUAUUGGAAUGGGCUGGAACAGUAAUGAAGAUCUUAUCUGUAUUUUGGAAGAAGGCACAAUGGCUGCAUAUAGCAUCAAUGGCCUGCUUAAGUACUCAAGGCCUGUAUCUAGGGAAGUGCGUGAGCACCGUGUACUGGAUUGCAAGUUCUUUCAUACCAUGGAAGGCAGUGGCGGAUUUGCAGUGAUGACAAACUGCUAUCAAUUUUUUGUAGUUGCUGACACCUGCCGUCCUAGAGAUGAAAUUAGAGUUAAGAAAGUUGCAGAUCUACCUUCAAUGACAGUUCGUCCGAAUUGCUGGAAUGUUCUCACCCCACAAUGCAAUAUACUAGUUUCAGUGGAAGAAAAACUCUAUAUUCUUGAUCAGUAUGAAGCCAUUCCUCAGUCAGUAUUAACAAGCAAAAAAGACCCAAGUGUGUACUGGGCUGAAAUUGCUGUGUCAGUUGAUGGCAAGGCUGUAGCACUUGUGGAUAAAGGAGGCUAUUUGUGGGGUGGAACGUCGGACUUUAAGACAUGUGAAACAGAGAUGGAUCUCCAGUCAACAGCUAAAGUGCUUGCAAUGGAAUGGGGUGCAAAAGAUUUCUUUGUUCUUGUGAUGGAAAAGCUCAUAUUUGUCAAGGGAUUUGGGAAACAUUGGUGCAAGUAUCCGGGAAAACUAGGAUGCUGUUUGCAGCCAGAGGUAGAUGGCUUGAGAUUAGUAUCCAACACUACUUCUGAGUUUAUACAUCGAGUUACAAGUCAGUCCUUAGCUGUUCUGAGGAUUGGAUCUAUGGAACCUGGAGCCUUACUUAAUGAUGCAUUCAAAGAGUAUGAGGUGUGUCAUAUGUCGAGUGUGCUAUGUAUGCAAAGUAAUGUCUACUGUUUAGGGGGGAAAUGGGGGUAAAAGAAAGUCUUUGUAGUGAGCUUUUUUUUACCUUUCUGCUUGAUACUUUGGUAGUAGAUGUUCAGGUUUGCAGCAUUCUGUGUCAGAUUCAUCUGGGAAAGAAGGAUGGUACUGCAGGCAGUUAUAAAAAGGUUGAGGUUUUACUUGCACAACGUACUUCUUAUGUACAUGUGCUGUCUGCUUAACACAUUCCAUUAUCUAUGGGUUAGUGGUGUAUGGUGGAGUUAUAAAUGGUGACGUGUGUCUAAUUGUAGCUUACUGCAGACACCACAAACUAACCUCAACUUUGCACGACUGUCUCAUCUCUCUGUUACAAUUAUCUUUUGAACAACACACACACACAUAUUAGUGGAUUCGAAAGAGCCGAUCCCAAUGGGAAGAAUAACCUUUGCACUUGCACUGAAAAAUUUCCUACAAAACAGUACAGGGCACAAUUUCCUGUACACUUUACUGCACCUAUCAUGGAAAAGUGCAGGAAAGUGUAUUUCUUAACAACUUCUAUGUUUAAAGCUAAGGGUUAGCAUUGGUUUACAAAGUUAUGGCAGCAGAAGUGUACUUUUCACCCCUGGUAAAUGUUCCUGUUAAUACAUCAGUAUAAUAGCAUAUUGCUGAUUAUUUUUAUCACACUUAUGACAAAAAUUGCUGGUGAAUUUACAAGGUUUGGAGACACCCUUUAGCCUAAUGAUUUUCGCAGAAUAUAUUUUGACGGGGCUUACAAACAAACAAAGAUCUCUGUGUUUUAGGAGUUACGCUCCUAGACUUCAUUAAGUUACAAGGCAAUGAAUGUAUCAUAGUUUGUCGUUAGUUUUGCCGGAUGUCAGCUUCAGCUGCUAACGUGCACUCACUGAUUA